AUGUUGUCCGUUGUUUAUCGUCUCAGAAGAGGCGCCAUUGUUUGGGGAGUUUUGCAGAGUUGCCGCGCCUAUCAUGCGACCAUUGGCUGCCGCCGGCGCCCAUCUCAGUGGUCGGGUGGUCACGGCAAGUCACGGGUAGCGGGGAAACUGGCAGCGGCAGUAGCAACAGCAGCAGGAACGGCACGUACGCCACCAAACAGCACUAGCAAAGCAGGCAGGCAAUUGGGUCACAACAACAGUGGCACAAGCGACAGUUGCGAAGAACACUCGUCUCUGGCGGGGCCGACGUCGCCACAGGCGUAUAUGUACCGCUUGCGGCAUGGACGUUUUGACGAUCUUACGAUGCUUUUAUCAACACCGUACGUGGCACCACCAUUGCGAAUCUUAACGGACGUGCUUUGUGAGGUGAUGCAGUUGAAGCUACGCUUGGUGUCUGGAGAAGGUGGUGAUGUUGAUGGUAUUGCGGGCAGGACUGACGCAUGGGAGGCACUCCAACGCAUGACGCAUACGCUUUCUGACCCAAUUUCAGUUCGGCAGGUGCUUUCAAAGGCGAUUCACGCGGUAGCCGAGGUGACCGAAGCGGCGUCCGCGGUGGGGGACCUGAUUAGCGAGCAGGAACUUCAACGAGCGUUGUACGAAAUCGAAUUUUUUGUUGCUCAACUGCGGCAGUGGAAUGCCACAAUGAAGACCGCCCUUUCCGUUGCUUCCCCGCGCGCGGAGGAUGCCAAGUAUUUGCAUUUGUUGGGUUGGGACCUACCAAAUGUUGUUAUGGCGGAGAUUUGGCAUGCCCUGCUUGAGCUAUGCAGCCUAACGGGAGCCUUUGACAUUGCGGUGGAGUCUCUCAACCACCUCAUUGAAUUGAGCGAGCUCGUGGAGCGCGUAGAUGCGAAGGGGAAAGGAAAUGCAGUGCGGUGGCAUGGGAACGAUAAUGGCAAGCAUGGAAAUAAGGAAACCGAAGAAGAGCACCAGCCUUACGGUUUUACGUUAGACAGUGUGGUGGAGGUGGUGGAGGAUGAGGUGCGACACGCUUUUUUACCCGUGGUGGCGCUUGAUCAUAUUCGAGCCAUGCGAAGCUGCGAACUUACACGCGAAUUUGAUGUUGCUCACAUGUUAUUUUUACGGUACAUGCAGCAUGCCCGGGGUGGUGUGUUUCGUUUGACAGCCGGUGACAUUACGACUGCGUUAAUUUCUCUCGCACACAGCUGCAGUAACACGGCUCACUUUGCAAUGUUACAGGAACUUUUUCUCGAGAGUGAAGCCGAUCAGGUGGUAGGUGUCUCGGUAGAGUUGUAUACCGCUAUUAUUGACGCUGUAAGCCGGGCGAACGAAAAUCCACAGUGUAUGGCAAUAGCCCUUGCACUUUACCGUCGAUUACGGGACGGGGGCCUUGCACCUACGGCUGACACUUACGCUGCUCUCAUGGCCUGCUGUGCCGCCACAAAGGAGCCGACGCAGGCAUUUGCUUUCUACCACGAGGCAAGGCACCGGUGCGGGGUUCAGAGUCUCUCCCCAAUGGUGUACACCAAUUUGCUGCUGGCCUACGUCAGAGCCGGCUACGCCGCGGAUGCGCAGGCGACGCUGGACGUGCUUGUGGAGGCUGGUGCCCCGCUUUCUCGAGGUACAUUUCACGCCGUGUUAUCGGCUACAUUGACGCUGCGGGAGGCGGAAAAUGUACUCAGACUCAUGGAGACACGAUACAAUAUCGCACCAACGCCACAGACGUACGCGUACCUGCUUCAGGCAGCAAGCGCAAAACCUAACGGUGCUUCAACCGUCCUCCAGAUGUUUGACUGGCAUGAGUUAGCCUUGAAGUCUCUCGCGAAGGGCGACAAUGUCGUUCUACACGGAAUGUCAAAGACACUACUUGAUGGGCAUUCAAGUAAGACGGCGAUAAGCACAAGUUCGUUGGCCAUGUCGUUAGAAGGUGACCUUUUGGCACGCUACCCGGCCUAUGCAGAGGCGGUUGAAAACGCGCUAGUGCGACUGCGAGUUGACCCUGCGGCGGAUCCAAGUCUAGAACCCUAUCUGCGUCCACUACUUCGUUUGGCUCAGCUGCGCAUGAAUGACUUCACUGGGAUGACUCCACAAGUGCCUACACGAAUUCCAAAAGGGAUGGCAAUCGCGGUCCUAGCAGCGGAUGUCCUUGCAAAUAUUGAGGAGUGGUUUAUGCCAUUUGCCUCGUACUACUCUGCGGUGGUGAUUCCGUACACUUCUCUUGUGGCGCUGCGAGGCGGGGGUGGGCGGCGAUUGGAUGGGACCUUUGAGAAGGGCACACAGCAGUUGUUAAACGACCCACUGUGGCGAGAGACGGGAUCAGAGCAGCAAGCCAUGCUGCAGAGUCGGCGGCGCGCCCUGCUAAAGUUUCUGGAAACGUAUCAUGACGUCAUUCAUUUGGUUUCUUUGGGGGAAGAGCUGGCGCUGAGCCGUGAUUGCGAGCGGUAUGGUAUUGGUGUGCGAAAAACAUUUUCCCGUUGUGCCGCCUUUGCGCUAAACUUGGCACGCCUCGACGUAGCACACGGAACAAAGGUGUACGCCGAGCAGGCGUGCAACGUUGUCUUGGUCUCGGCAAGCUUUGACGGGUGUGGAAAGUAUGUGGUGGAUCUGAAACAAGAGAUUUUCCACGGCACAAAGGACGGCAACAAGCUCCGCGGUUUGGCAGAUGGGCUGCAGCGGGUGUGGUACCAUAAUCCGCGCACAAGCCCGCAGUGGCGGCCACCUCAGGUGUCUGUCACAUCGCUCAUCCACCCCGCCGUGGAUCGAGCCUCGUACGAGCAAUGUCGUUGA